AUGGCGGCCUUCGCCCGCCUGCUGGAGCGUCUCUUCUGGCCAGCUCGCAAAGAAGAGGAGGCAGAGGAGGAGGAAGGGGAGGGGCGCAGGACUCCCCACGGGCCUCAGUUCCUCCUGGACGCGCCGCGAUGCGCCCAGCGGCCGCACGGGGGUGCGGCGGCGUCCUGGGGCCUGCGCUUCGGGGCGAGCGCAGCGCAGGGCUGGCGCGCGCACAUGGAGGACGCGCACUGCGCUUGGCUUGCGUUACCGGGACUGCCCCCGGGCUGGGCUUUCUUCGCCGUCCUCGAUGGCCACGGCGGGUCGCGAGCUGCCCUCUUCGGCGCGCGCCACCUGCUGGGCCACGUGUUGGAGGCGCUGGGACCCGCGCCGGGCGAGCCGGAGGGCGUGUGCGAGGCGCUGCGUCGCGCCUUCCUGAGCGCAGACGCACGCCUGCGCGCUCUCUGGCCCCGCGGCGAGCCGGGCGGCUCCACCGCCGUGGCUUUGCUCGUCUCCCCGCGCUUUCUGUACCUGGCGCACUGCGGUGACUCCCGUGCGGUGCUGAGUCGCGCUGGCGCCGUGGCCUUCAGCACUGAGGACCAUAGGCCCCUCCGACCGCGGGAACGCGAGCGCAUCCACGACGCGGGCGGCACAAUCCGCCGCCGGCGCCUCGAGGGCUCUCUGGCUGUGUCCCGGGCACUGGGCGACUUUGCCUACAAAGAGGCUCCGGGAAGGCCCCCUGAGCUGCAGCUCGUUUCCGCGGAGCCUGAAGUGACCGCCCUGGCACGCCAGGCCGAGGACGAGUUCAUGCUCCUGGCCUCUGACGGCGUGUGGGACGCGAUGUCUGGCGCUGCCUUGGCGGAACUGGUGGCAUCGCGCCUCUGCUUGGGCCUGGCCCCAGAGCUUCUGUGCGCACAGCUGUUGGACACGUGUCUGUGCAAGGGCAGCCUGGACAACAUGACCUGCAUCCUGGUCUGCUUCCCGGGCGCCCCCAGGCCUCAUGAGGAGGCGAUCAGGAAGGAGCAAGAGCUGGACGCAGUCCUGGGCCGCAGGGUCGCCGAGCUGUGUUCCUCUGCCCAGGAGCCCCCCAGCCUGAACACGGUUUUCAGGACUCUGGCCUCAGAGGACAUCCACGAUUUACCUCCCGGGGGGGGUGUCUACUGCAAGGCCGCUGUCAUCGCUGAUGCCUAUUCUCAGCUCUGCCAGGCCUCAGGAGAGCGCCGGGAGAAGGGGCAGAAUGGGGCUGGGCAGCCCACUGGCACGCAUUCAAGCUCUGCUCUGGACUUGAAGGCAUGACAGCUUUGGGGACCCUUUGCCCAGUUGGGGUCUCAGCGGAACUAAGGAACAAAACUGCCUUUUU